AUUGCUACCUCACAGUGCGGUAUAGCUUUGCUGCGUAAAAUCUCUACUGCAUUUUGAUAACUCCACCGCAACGAGGCUGCAAAGCUCGUGUGUCGUCGGGACCACGCAAUUGUAUAAUUAAUGAGUGUCCUGGUUGCUAUGGCCACUGGUCUGUUGUACCCAAGUGAUCUACUGUAGAGUACCAGCGGGUAAAAUAAACAUGAUCUUUCUAUAAGAUACAAUAAGUUCUAAUGGCACAGAAAUCGUUUAGAGGAGCGCCCUUUGGAACACAGGCAGCGAGAUUCGACGUGUCUGGAGUGUACCCAAACAAGAAGAAGAUCGGAACAUACACCGAGGUACCCUACUGUAAAACAGCAACCAGUGAGCUGGUGAGGGGACGCGGCCCUGGUACCUACAAUGCGGACACUGGUAACUUCAGCCCGGCCGCGGUGUUGCUGCGUGCUAGCGGGCCGGGAUGGAAGAGAGAGCAGGAGACGCUGAGGCAGACACAGCUGCCACACGUUCUGUACAGAGAUGUGUGGGAGAGAAAGAGGAUCCUGAAAAGAAAGCUGGGUCCUGCAAGCUACAGCAUGAAAGAUUUCAUUGAGCUUCGUGAGGAAAGACCUGCAAGCGUCCUGGGAGUGUGCGAAUCCAGAGAGAGCAGAUUCAGAAGCAUCACUGCGGUGAGCUGCACUCCGGGUCCCGGGACCUACGGGAAAGGAGGCAUCCCCUCCGCCGUGCUGGAGGAGAGGCAGAGGCAAUCACCAGGGACCCUUGGGUCAAUGGACUUCAAUCCCCGCUCUGAGCAAUCUCUGCAAAGCUCAGAGUGUGACCCGGGGCCAGGCACCUACAAGGUAAAGGAUUCACUGCAGGAGCUGCUGAAUCACACAGUCAGCAAGAGAGGACCCUAUGAUGUGUUCACAGGGCCACGCAGCAGCCAUGCCUCUACUGGACAUUAUAUGGUGUUGAAAACUACGAACCUGAGUCCAGGUCAGUAUGAGAUCAAGUCUUUCGUGGAAGAUUUGCAGAGCAGAGAGAAGAGAAAGAGUGGGGAAUUCAGCUCUCUCUUGCAGUACCCCUCCAUUCCAACAGAGCGCGCCGGCUGCAGCACCCUCUCUCACUGCCCUCGCUCCGCAUGUUUCCCAGGACCGGGCUGGUACAAUACUAGCCCUGCUCCGAGACCACAGACCACAUACCCGGCUCCUUUCCUCUGCUCCUCCCGACGCACGGACACUAAAGUGAAGAAUCUGAACCCAGGUCCAGGCCGCUACAACAUCCUUGAGAGUGACAGGAGCAGGACAGCCAUGGGGCACAGGUCUGCCUUCAAGUCUGAGACCAAGCGCUACCUCAGCAACCUUGGAAGAGACUUUUACAUGAAAGAGCGUUUACGAGCCCUGAAUCUUCUAGCAGACAGGAGAACGUUUCUAAUUCCCCCGGAGAAGCCAUAUGAAAUGAAACCCUCGAACUCUACUGCCAUAGCCUAGUCUCUCACUGAACAUCAUGCCCAUCAGAAAGUCAUCAGAACUGUACAAACUUCCUGGGUGCAUUUGUAUACAGCAUUGUUAUUCAGUGUAGGUGUCUGUUUUACAGUUGAUAAUGUGUUCAUGGUAUUGGGAAUGGUAAAAGCUACAGUAAGACCAUGUUAGGUAGAUCAGUUAGAUUAGCUGGUAAUUGAAAGGUGUAAUUUGGUAAGCUGCACGGACCCGGGCACGUUCCCCUUGUGAACAUGA